AUGUCAAAGGUGACAAUUAAGCUGGUAGCAGCGGAAGCGCUGUACAAGAGAGAUGUAUUUCGGUCGCCAGAUCCUUUUGCGGUACUGACGAUUGACGGUUCUCAAACGAAGUCGACUGCGGCUGCGCGGAAGACACUGAAUCCCUACUGGAACGAAACAUUCUCUUUUUCUGGGGUUAACGAAAACGGGAUUCUCACUAUUCAGGUAUUUGACCAAAAAAAAUUCAAGAAGAAGGACCAAGGGUUCCUGGGAGUGGUUAACGUGCGACUCGGGGACGUCUUGGGACAUUUGGACGAAGACUCCGUCAACAGAAACUCCCGCAGGGAGGAAACUAUCACUCGGGACUUAAAGCGUUCUAACGAUGGUAUGGCUGUCAGCGGUCGAUUAAUUUUGGUGCUUUCAACGUCCUCCACGACUAGUGCCACUUCUGCCAGUCGUGGCUCAGCUACCACGGCAGGAAAUGGUCCCGUCAACGAUUUAACGGCAUCGACUGCUAACAUGAAUCUUUCUGGCCCCUCUUCUUCGACUACUGCUGCAGCAACACCAGCACAAACAGUCGCUAACACUCUCCAGAGUGGUUCGACAACUGCAGCGUCCACUGCUGCCCCACCCUCUAGUUCUGCAGGCUCCAGACAAUAUUCGUCAUUCGAAGACCAAUAUGGACGUUUACCACCAGGCUGGGAGAGAAGAACUGAUAACUUCGGUCGUACCUACUAUGUUGACCAUAAUACUCGCACCACAACUUGGAAGAGGCCAACGCUCGAGCAAAGUGAAACAGAACGUGGAGAUCAGUUAAAUGCCAAUACUGAACUUGAACGCAGGCAGCAUCGCGGGAGGACUUUGCCUGGCGGAAGUAACUCUGAAAGUGGCUCUUCGAUUGCGGUACAAAGUAACGUUAGUUCUUCCACUCCAACUGUUAAUGGGGCCGCGGCAGCAGCUCUCGCGGCUACAGGUGCUACGACAUCUGGAUUAGGCGAGCUGCCUCCGGGAUGGGAGCAACGGUUUACUCCAGAAGGGCGUGCCUACUUCGUGGAUCACAACACCAGAACAACCACCUGGGUUGAUCCUCGCAGGCAGCAGUAUAUUCGUACUUAUGGUCCUGCCAAUACCACCAUUCAACAGCAACCGGUGUCUCAACUGGGACCUUUACCUUCUGGUUGGGAAAUGAGGUUGACCAAUACGGCUCGCGUCUACUUUGUAGAUCACAAUACGAAAACCACUACUUGGGACGAUCCACGUUUACCAUCCUCAUUGGAUCAAAAUGUACCACAGUACAAGCGUGAUUUCAGACGUAAAGUCAUCUAUUUCAGAUCGCAACCAGCACUCAGAAUUUUACCAGGGCAAUGCCAUAUCAAGGUUCGCAGAAAGAAUAUUUUCGAGGACGCAUAUCAAGAGAUUAUGAGACAAACUCCAGAGGAUUUGAAGAAACGUCUAAUGAUCAAGUUUGAUGGAGAAGAAGGAUUGGAUUAUGGUGGAGUGUCAAGAGAGUUCUUUUUCUUACUUUCACACGAGAUGUUCAAUCCAUUUUAUUGUCUGUUCGAAUAUUCGGCACAUGAUAAUUAUACUAUUCAGAUAAACCCAAAGAGUGGUAUCAAUCCAGAACACUUAAAUUACUUCAAAUUCAUUGGAAGGGUCGUAGGGCUGGGCGUUUUCCACAGAAGAUUCCUGGAUGCCUUUUUCGUGGGAGCUCUUUACAAGAUGAUGCUUCAUAAAAAAGUUGUGUUGCAAGAUAUGGAAGGUGUUGAUGCGGAAGUACACAAUUCUCUCAAGUGGAUCUUGGAGAACAGCAUAGAUGGUAUUCUAGACCUCACAUUCAGUGCCGACGAUGAAAGUUUCGGCGAGUUGACAACGGUUGACUUGAAAGCGGACGGUAGAAAUAUCGAAGUAACUGACGAGAAUAAGAAGGAAUAUGUUGAAUUGUUUACUCAGUGGAAAAUCUAUAAUCGCGUGCAAGAACAAUUCAAGGCUUUUAUGGAUGGAUUCAAUGAACUGAUACCAGAAGACUUGGUUAACGUCUUCGAUGAACGUGAGUUAGAAUUGUUAAUUGGUGGUAUUGCCGAAAUCGAUGUUGAAGACUGGAAGAAGCAUACAGAUUAUCGUGGUUAUCAGGAAUCAGACGAAACCAUCAAGUGGUUCUGGAAAGCGAUUUCGGAAUGGGACAAUGAACAAAAAGCUCGUUUGUUACAGUUCACGACUGGUACUUCGCGUAUACCUGUCAACGGUUUCAAGGAUUUGCAAGGGUCCGAUGGUCCUAGAAGAUUUACCAUUGAAAAGGCUGGUGAAGUUCAACAGCUGCCAAAAUCUCACACUUGUUUCAAUAGGGUUGACCUUCCUCCAUACAAUGAUUAUGAGUCGUUGAAACAGAAACUCACGCUUGCCGUAGAGGAAACUAUUGGUUUUGGUCAAGAAUAA